AGAAAAUCCAUACGAUUUUAUGAGCAAUUUAGAAUGUACAGACCUCUUGCGUUGUAUACUACUACACGGUUGUCUCUCUCGAACGGUACUCUCCUCCGCUUCCCCCCCGGGAGCGGACUCUCUGCUCCACGCUCCGUCGUCAUCAGAACCCGUCGUUUCCUGUCCGCUUCCAGACUGUCCUCUUGGUUCCACCCGCCACUUCCUGCUGGGAAGUGCGAUCUUCGGUCUAUCGGUGGGCCAGAGCCCCUCCCCACGAGGGCCAGGACGCUCGUUUCAUUCAUAUGGGGAGGGUCCUGCUCAAGAUCCGUUUUUGACUUCUUCCCAUCAUCUCGGGUCUUGCAAAAAGCAAGCAUAUAGAGGAGCCUUUGGACUCGUGCAGCGCCCGCCGCAGUACGCUAAACUAGCCUCAAAUUCUCCCUCGAAAAAACCCGUGUUGAGAAAUCUGGGGGAUUUUGAUAUUACGCCAUCGGCUCCCGAAUCACGCACAACGCCUCCACUCGGCCUUGGUGUGCCCCCUUUGUGAUAUUUUGUCGUAUUGCCUUGCAUUCUCGUUCUUUUCUUUUUCUCUAUCAUCGUCGGGCCUGGUCGCCAUCCGCAGUGCGUGGUUGUCAAAGUUUAAACACGCCCCGGCCUUUAUAUUCUGGAUCGUCGCCACGUUCUAGAGAUCCUGUCAAGCAAGUUCUCGACUAUCCCGGACACACCCCCCGUCCUCACCUUCUCGAAGACCGUUCGGGCCUAGAUCUGGGUCUGCAUCCUGCAAUUGGACUGAAUCUUGAUCUUAACGUCGUCUCUCUCCGAGUGAUAUAAUCAUCUCUCGAGUCCACCCUUUCGUCGGCGGCCAUCAUCCACACCAUUCACAACAUGGCUGGUGGUGAGCGUGCCACUAAGGUGGGCCAUGCCCUCGCCAAGGGCCUGGGUAUCAAAGUCGCCUACCGUGACCCUCUGGGUGCCGUGGCGGACCCCGUCACUCGCGGCGAGUCGACUUUCUCAGUCGGCACCGUUGAAACCUAUUCUUACUCCGAGCCUGAGCCUACCAGCAUCGAGUGGCUCCGCGAGAUUACGCCCACGGGCCAGCAAGUGCUCAACUAUUUCAUCAGCCUAUUCCCUUUCCUCCGAUGGAUUGGCCGGUACAACGUGCAAUGGCUGAUCGGUGACUUGGUUGCUGGUAUCACCGUCGGCGCAGUUGUCGUGCCCCAGGGUAUGGCCUACGCUAAAUUGGCUGACUUGCCUGUGCAAUUCGGUCUCUAUUCGUCUUUCAUGGGUGUCUUGCUCUACUGGUUCUUCGCUACUUCCAAGGAUAUUACUAUCGGACCCGUGGCCGUCAUGUCUACUCUGACCGGCACAAUUGUGCUCGAGGUCGCCGACAAGUUGCCUGAUGUUCCAGGCCAUGAGGUGGCCUCCUGUUUGGCGGUCAUCCUGGGUGGUAUCGUGUGUGCCCUGGGUCUGCUUCGGCUCGGCUUCAUCGUUGAUUUUAUCCCUCUCCCCGCCAUCUCGGCCUUCAUGACGGGCUCUGCGAUCAAUAUCUGCUCGGGCCAGGUUACGACCCUGCUGGGCCAGACCACCACAGUCAACACCCGCGGUGCGACUUACAGAACCAUCAUCGAUACUCUUAAGGCUCUCCCGAGCUCGUCCCUCGGUGCGGCUAUGGGUGUCACGGCCUGUGCGAUGUUGUACAUGAUCCGUGCCGGCUGCACCUACGCCGCGAAGAAGCAGCCACAUCGCGCGAAGACUUGGUUCUUCAUCUCGACCUUGCGCACUGUGUUCGUCAUCCUGUUCUACACUAUGAUCAGUGCUGCUGUGAACAUCCACCGGAAAGAUAAACCCGCGUUCAAGCUACUGGGCCAUGUGCCUCGUGGUUUCCAGAAUGCCGCUGUGCCGAAGAUGAACACCGAGGUCAUCAAGGCCUUCCUUCCCCAGCUUCCCGCCGCUGUGAUCGUGCUCCUGAUUGAGCACAUUGCUAUCUCAAAGUCGUUCGGCCGUGUGAACAACUACACUAUUGAUCCCUCGCAGGAAUUUGUCGCCAUUGGUUUUAGUAACCUGCUCGGCCCCUUCCUGGGUGCUUAUCCUGCUACUGGAUCUUUCUCCCGUACUGCCAUCAAGUCCAAGGCUGGCGUUCGCACCCCCUUGGCUGGUGUCAUUACCGCUGUUGUGGUGCUGCUUGCUAUCUAUGCUCUCCCCGCCCUCUUCUUCUACAUCCCCAGUGCCUCUCUUGCGGGUGUUAUCAUUCACGCUGUCGGUGAUUUAAUUACUCCCCCCAACACCGUCUACCAGUUCUGGCGGGUUGCCCCUCUUGAUGUCAUUAUCUUCUUCAUUGGUGUCUUCGUCACUAUUUUCACGUCCAUUGAAAUCGGUAUCUAUUGUACCAUCUGUGUGUCGCUGGCCGUCCUACUUUUCCGUAUGGCCAAGGCCCGCGGCCAAUUCCUUGGCCAGGUCAAGGUCCAUUCCGUGGUCGGCGACCACUUGCUGGAUGGCGAGGGCAAGUAUGGCUCCUUUGGUGCCACCCGUGCUUCCUCGGAAGACGACGACCACGCUCAUCGGUCUAUUUUCCUGCCCGUCAACCACGCCGACGGCUCCAACCCCGACAUCGAGAUCGAGCAGCCUCAUCCGGGUAUAUUCAUCUACCGCUUCUCCGAGGGGUUCAACUACCCCAACGCCAACCACUACACCGACUACCUCGUGCAGACCAUUCUAAAAAGCACCCGCCGGACUAACCCGCAUGCCUUCAACAGGCCCGGUGACCGCCCCUGGAAUGACCCCGGCCCGCGGCGCGGCACGGAAGACGCUGAUGUCCACGACGAGCGCCCUCUUCUGCAAGCCGUCAUCCUGGACUUCUCCUCUGUCAAUAACGUGGAUGUCACUUCGAUUCAGAACCUGAUCGACGUACGCAACCAGCUUGACCUGUACGCCUCCCCUCGCACCGUGCAAUGGCACUUUGCCCACAUCAACAACCGCUGGACCAAGCGUGGCCUUGCCGCCGCCGGCUUUGGAUAUCCUACUCCGGCAUCUAGUGAGGGCUUCCACCGUUGGAAGCCAAUCUUCAGUGUUGCCGAGAUCGAGGGCAGCUCUUCUGCUGCGGCACACGCCGAAAUGGUCAACAACGAGCGCGAGCACAACCUGCACCACUCCAAGGAUAUUGAAGCCGGCCUGAAGGAUGAGUCCGCUACAACUGCGACCGAGACCCAUGGUAUCGAGACCUCGUCCGAGGAUAACCAGCCCAUUCACGAGGACAAGCUCUCCCGUGAUUUGACUUCUAGCCACGCUUACAACAACCGUCGCAAGGUUGCCAUUGUUCAGGGUAUGAACAGGCCAUUCUUCCACAUUGACUUGACCAGUGCACUGCAGAGUGCCGUGGCGAACUCAUCCAACGAGAUCCCACACGUCUAAAAAAAAAAGGGAAAAUUCCCUUCCCUCCUCCCCCGCCACUUCGUCGCUUCUUCUUAUACCGACUUUCAUGUCCUAUUUUUGGGGCCCACCCACCUUUGCAUUGCAUAUUACCUGCAUCGUUCAUGGAUAUUCCCUGGUUUGGAAUUCCAUUUGAUAUGUCCAGAUAUGACUUGUUAAUAUCUUUGCUCACUUUGAAAUUUCUCUUUGGUUUGGGGACAUCAUCACACUCCCCCUUUUCUGGCGUCAUUGCGUUGUUUUGAAUCCAAAUUACUCCGUUUGGGCUUGGAUGGAUUUGGACUAUUACACAAUUUUGCUGGGAAUUUUUAAUUGGGUAUCUGAUCUGCUUGGUUUUUACUCUUUUGUUUCGGAUACAUUCGAUCUUACGAUAUCUUGGCAUAUCGAUCUUGCUUGGCUUUGAGGCCGCUUGGAAUACUUGCUAGGGAUACCCUUGAACCUAUAGAACGCGUUUUGACUGUUUAAUCGAUCUUACUGUAUUCGCAU